AAUAAAAGUGAAACAGAUCUAGGUAUCACUCACAAACACAGCACGAAGAAUUGAGAUCAGAAUCAUUGAGUUCAAUUGGCGCGACAUCCUACAGCAUAUCCACCUCUUAAUCAUGUCUUCUGCUGCGUCCAUUGAAAUCCUGGUUCAAAAACUGAUGACUGCUUUCAAGGAAGAGCUGUCUGUAAUACGAGUUCUGGAUGAAGAAGCCCAACAGCUGCACAUAACUUUGGUCAUGAUUCAGGGUUACUUGAAUUAUGUCCAGAAGGAUUGCUUCAUGAUCCAGGAAGCUGUCAACACAUGGUUGAAAGAACUCGAGGAAAUGGCUUUCAAUGCUGAUAGUGUUUUGGAUGAAAUCACCUAUCAUCUUCUACACAACAAACUCCAUAAAAUGAAGGCACCCAUGGAUAAGGAUAAGGUACUAUCAUUCCUGAAUCACAUUUCACGUCCACAAAAUAUGGCUCCUAGAAUCAAACAAAUCAAUAAGGAUUUUGACUCUAUGAACCAAAGGGCAGCCCGUAGUGGCCUUCAAAGCGUAGCUGUGAAUGCACCUACUGCUGCUUCAUUUAACAUUGAUUCGUUCACUUGUGAUUCAAUCUUCACUGGAAGAGAUGAUGAUGUGCUAAAGUUAGUUUAUAAGCUGAUCCAGAUCCCACAAGAAGAGACGUUCUCAAUCCUUACAAUUGUAGGGAGUAAUGGGGUUGGAAAAACAACCUUGACUAGGAAUGUUUUCAAUCAUGAAAAUAUCAAGGCUCAAUUUGGAUCACGUAUUUGGGUUCAUGUUUCUCAAUCUUUUGAUCCACUCAUGGUUUUUAAGUCAAUCCUUUCAACGUUGACUUUAGAAAGCACUGAUGGAAUUGAGACCGAGGAAACUAUCCUAAAAAAGCUUCAACAAGCUUUUAAAGCUAAGACAUACCUUCUUGUUCUUGAUGACGUUUGGAAUGGAGAUAUUCUGAAAUGGAAAAAAAUUAUAAAUUCCAUAUCAGAAGUUACUUCCACUAGAGGAAAUGCCAUUAUCAUCACUAGCAAUGAUAGAGAAGUUGCUCCAUCGUUAAAUUCUCUUAUUCAUCCCUUGAAUGUCUUAUCAGAUGAAGAUUGUUGGUAUAUAAUCAAAGCAAAGACUUUUGGAAAAGGAGAAGUGCCGUCAAGAUUUGAGAUCGUCGGAACAAAGAUUGCAAGAAUAUGUCAAGGUUUGCCGUUAAAUGCCAACAUAGUUGGGGGAUUGCUGCGGGGACAAGAUUGGAUGUCAGUCGAACAGAAAUGGUUUCCAUAUGUUGGGAGAGAUGAAAUUCGGUCAAAUUAUUUGAAAUUCGUCCUAGAUAGUUUGUCACCACCUUCACUGAAGAAGUGCAUCACAUAUUGUUCAAUUUUUCCAAAAGGUUAUAAAUUUGUGAAGCAGGAGUUGAUUGAGCUAUGGAUGGCUGAAGGAUUUCUCCUACAUGAUCAAAGAAAUGACAUGGAGUCUGUUGGGAACAAUUUAUUCAAUGUUCUUCUACACAACUCUUUAUUGGUAGUUGCGGAGAGAGAUAAUCAUGGAAAUGUUGAAAGUUGUGUGAUGCCCUAUCUUGUGCAUGACCAUGUCAGUUCUGUUAGAGUUUCCCCUGAAGACACCAAUCAAGUUCGAUAUUUGUUUCAUGGAGAUGGUGAUGGUGAUUUAAAUGGUAGAGAAACAGCAAAAUACUUGCGUACAUUGAUCUUCCAAGGUGAAAUUACUGAUACCGCCAUCUUCUCAGGUUUCAAAUCUUUGCAUGUCCUCAUUCUUGCCUGUGAUAAACUUACAAAGUUGUCGAGUUCCAUUAGUGAAUUGAUAUAUUUGAGGAAUCUUAAUAUUUCAAGAACACGAAUUGAAAGUUUGCCAGAUCAGAUUUCUGAACUCCACCGCUUGCAAACAUUACAUGCAUUGACAAGAUCUCUAAGGGAACUGCCAAGUACGUUUAAAGACUUGAUUAGUUUACGCCAUCUUUAUAUUCAGAGUGAUGUAGAUCUACCUUCCGAGAUUGGGAGACUAACUAAUUUGCAAGCACUCAAUUUUAGAGUGGGCGAGCAGAAAGGAUACAAGAUUGAAGAGUUGGGGAGUUUGGACAAUCUCAAACGACUAUCCAUUGAGAAUCUGGAAAAAGUACCUGAUGGCGAAGACGCAAAGAAAGCCAAAUUAUCUGAGAAGCAAAACUUAAUAUCAUUGGAGUUAGAAUGGGGUGAAAAUGGACAAGGUGAAAGAACUAAUGAACUUCCUAAAGAAAACAAAGAAAGAAAGGAUAAGGCUGUGUUGGAAGCCCUCGAACCUCAACCAGAUCUAGAGAGGUUAAAGAUUGCAGGAUUCAAAGGAAAAAUAUUUCCAUCAUGGACUCAGAAGAUGGCUGUUGAUGAAGAGUUUUCGAUAAGGCUUGACAGGUUGACUGAGAUCACGCUAAGUAGCUGCCAAGAAUGUGAAGAAAUCCCCUCACUUGGCCACUUGCCUAAUCUCAAAACUCUCAGUUUAAGGAGAUUGAGCAAUGUGAGGUUGAUAAAUUCUUCAUUCUACGGGACUGGGAAUGGCAUCAGAGUCAUCUUUCCAGCACUUGAAAGUAUGUUACUGUUAAAUAUGGCUGAGCUGAGCGAGUGGACACAAAUAGAAUUUGCCAAUGAAGUGAAGGUAUUUCCCCGUCUUCAAUCCUUGAAGAUGUACCACUGUUACAAAUUGGAAUGUCUCCCAAACUGGUUAUUCUGUAACACUCAUUGUCUCUCGGAGUUGGAUAUAAGGCAUUGCCCCAAGUUGAGAGAGUUACCAGAUGGUCUACACGCCCUCAAUUCUCUGGAGCAGAUUACUAUAAGAGGCUGUCGAAAUCUGAAGUCCAUAGUGACUCCAAGUAGUGAGAGGAGCUUAACUUCCCUCCGCAGUUUGGAGAUUUGUGACUGUCAAGAGCUGACAAAAGUGGUGGAGCCAUCAGCCCCUUGGCUCAAGAAAGUGUCUGUGGUGGAACUAAAGAGCCUUGAGAAUCUACAUGGGUUUCUUGAUUGCUUGGCAGCAUCACCUCUGCUCGAACAACUAAGCAUUGUUGGUGUCCCUAAAUCCAUGUCCACUUCUAGUGUUGAGAGCUGGCCUUUUAAACGAUUGCAAAAAUUGGAGAUCGAUGUUAACAAGGAGACUAGUCAGGCCAUUCGAUUGACAGUUGAUGGCAUAUUGCGAAACUGCCGAACUUCACUUGGUGAGUUAACUUUGACAGGGCUAGAAAUGUGGAAAAGUUUGCCCGACUCAAUUAGACAUCUCACUGCUCUUUAUAGUUUAGAAUUGGAGGAUUUUGGAGGAGAAACAUUGCCGGAAUGGUUUGGAAAUCUCUCGUCUCUAACAAGCUUGUGCCUAUCUGAUUGUACAAACUUGAGGUGCCUUCCCUCACUGCAGAGCUUCAUCGAUUUACAGGAGUUGCAUAUUCGCGAUUGUCCAGGAUUACGGAUUGAAUCUGAGAGGCACAAGAUCUUGAAUCGCACCCUCAUCUACAUUAAUGGUCACCAGCUUUAGUUCUCUUGGUUGUAACUUAUGCUUCUUUUCUUACAAAUGCUUCCUCCAUCUUCAGUCGCGACGAUCUUCACAUGAUAAGUUAUGGAUUCAAUAGCUUCUCCAAGAACAUCGCCCUCAACAAUGCUGUCAGUGUGGGUCAAGUUCUCCUUGUCGAUGGCAUCCACACGGUGCUUCACGCUCUUAUACUGUCUCCCUUCGCCAAAGUGAAUAACCUUGAUGAUCCCAACACCACCAUCCCCUUCCAACAUCUCGACUAUCUUGAUGUCCUGAGGCAUGAUCUUGGUGACAAGGGGGCCAACAUCAAGCACCACGGCCUUAAAAAUCUUUGAUGCCGAGAUGGAGGAAGGGAUCUCUGUAUCAUAAGUAAUGACACCCAUGAUUAGUUAUAAGUUGGAAGAAUUGUGUAAUGGUUUUAAGUAUGGCUUAAUGAGAUGAUUUUUCAGUGAUGUUAUGUGAAUCUUUUUUUUC